CUCAAAUUGUCCGCUGGUUGAAUUUGUGCCCAAACAAACUGUUGCUUGCGGGACGGACUGCGCCUCCUGGGCAUUUGGAAAUAAAAGAAUCUCGGAUUGUUCUCAUGAGAGGACGCAGCGGACCCACGCACAUCCCGACCCCAGCCGUGUCCACUCGCUAGGGAAUGGCUGUGCGGUCCAGGACGGGCUUCUCCCGGCAGGAGGUCAACAGAACCGUGUGGGAGGUUCCGGAGAGGUACCGGGACCUGAAGCAGGUCGGAACAGGAGCCUAUGGGACUGUGUGUUCAGCAUGGGACCGCCGGAUGGGGAUGCAGGUCGCCAUCAAGAAACUUCAUCGGCCCUUCCAGUCCAAACUUUUUGCCAAAAGGGCGUACAGAGAGUUGCGACUCCUCAAACACAUGAAGCAUGAAAAUGUCAUUGGGCUGCUGGAUGUUUUCACUGCUGAGAUUGCAUUGAACCGCUUGCGUGACUUUUACCUGGUGAUGCCAUUCAUGGGCACUGACCUCGGCAAGCUGAUGAAGCUGGAGAGAUUAUCAGAAGACAGGGUGCAGUUCCUCGUCUAUCAGAUGCUGAGAGGACUCAAGUAUAUCCACUCUGCAGGGAUCAUCCACAGGGACCUCAAACCAGGAAAUUUAGCCAUUAACCCGGACUGUGAGCUAAAGAUUCUUGAUUUUGGCUUGGCGAGGCAGGCCGACACAGAAAUGACCGGCUACGUCGUGACACGCUGGUACCGAGCGCCCGAGGUUAUCCUCAACUGGAUGCACUACACACAAACCGUGGAUAUUUGGUCGGCAGGUUGCAUUAUGGCAGAGAUGCUGCUGGGAAAGCCGCUGUUCAAAGGAAGCGAUCACCUGGACCAGCUCCGAGAAAUUAUGAAGAUUACAGGAACCCCAGCUGCUGACUUUGUCGUAAAGCUACAGAGCCAAGAUGCCAAAAACUACAUCAGAAGUCUACCAAAAGUGCCAAAAAAGGAUUUGCUCUCUCUUUUCUCCAAAGCUAGCUCAAAUGCAGUGUGUGUCUUGGAAAAGAUGCUGCUCCUGGACCCCGAGCAGAGGGUGAGUGCCUCAGAGGCGCUCGAACUGCCUUUCUUCAGCGAGUUCAGAGAUGCCGAGGAGGAGACUGAGGCGCUGCCCUAUGAUCAGACCAUGGACAACACAGACCUGCCGCUGGACCAGUGGAAACGUCACACUUUCACAGAGAUACUGACCUUCAGGCCACCCAGGGACUCCAGAGAGACGUCACUUUAAGACACACACGGACACAAUAUUGCACACGUCACACAAACACACAUACGCACCCAAAAAUAUAAUUUUCUUGUUGACUUUGUUGUGUUUGUGCAGGAGUAAUGGAUAUUAUUAGUUUGAAUGAAUGCAUUGUUAAAAGGCUCAGUUGUGUGUGUGUGUGUGACUCAGAUUAUGUAUCCAUCAUCCAUAGAUAACAUGGUCAAAUUCUUACUAACUGUGACUGCUUCCUUAAAGUCAGUCUAACCAUUAUGUAGCAGUUUUUUUUGGUCUGUUUGCUCUUUGAUUUAUUCUGAUAAUGGAGGCAUUUCUGGAACUGAGGGCGAGGUCACCCAUUGUACAGUGCCAAGUGAUGUGAAUAAUGAUGUCAUACACGUCCUAUUAACCACUGCAUGACCAGAAAAAAAGUAUCUUAAUGUAAUGAUUAAAAAAAAACAUAUUGUGAAUGAAAAUGGGGCUGACAGAAAAGACUUUUCUUCUCACAGUUUAUUUUAGGUGGAGCAGAGUUAUGACAAUGCCAUGUUAGAUUUGUUUGUAUGUGUUUUUU